CUUAAAAAAUGACUCAAAACGAUCAAUUGAUUUUCAAAACAGUUGGCGAUAAAUUUAAUAGCUGGCAACUAAUCGACUAAUCGUUGCAGCUCUGAAUACUAUUAUCUAUCUAUCCGUCUAAGGCUGGCUAAUGCAUAUUUUGUUAUGUGUCUGAGUUAAACAGGAACGUGCUGAUUCCGCGCGCCAGUAGCACACAGGCUCGGCUAACAGUUACACACUCGGUGGUUAAAUUAGCAGAUUAGUUUACCAGAAAAAAUAUCGAUACAUAAUUGGAAAUGGCCAGCAGUCUUACAUGGAGGUUAAAGCGCUAUGGGCGUUUCAUUCCAGGCUCCACAAAGACAGCAGGCAGACCUUGGAAGGUAUUUGAGGCAAAUGGCAAUGAACCCGAAAUUGUCAUCACAAUUGUGGAAUAUGGAUACUUGUUGGUAUUGCAGGGACAGGAAAGCUUGGAUACAAUUCCUCUGCUCCAUGGCUCGGAUUUUAUCAAAGUACACCAAAAGACUGAUAACCUGAUGUUUCGAUUUACUGUGAGGGGAGAGAGCCGUAUGAUAAGGAUGCAGUUUGAUGGAAGUAGCAGGGCAGAGGCCAUAAAGGAGUGUUCAAGUGCUGUGGAAAAACUGAUGGAGUACCUGCCUGUCACCACUCAGGAUGAUGCCCCACCGCCCCUUAAUCAGCCCCCCACUGAGGUCUCUGCACCGUUGAUACAGGGAAAGGCUGUGGGAGUUGAGCCUGAGGUUGUCCAAGGAUCAUUGUCAAUCAAGCGUCUUACCCAGCACUUCUUGGGAGAGAAUGCUGUGACUUUGCCUAAAGUAUACCAACAUGGUUCUUUGGCACAAGGUGAUUUGGAGCCCAUCCUGCGUGUUUGUCUGCUGGAUCCCAGCUUUCAUGCAUUUGUGGAGAAGGUGGAGGGGGAGCUGAGGAAAUUGCUUCAAGAGUGAAGAAUUGGAACAACAGCUGAAGGCAGAGAGGUCAAGUGAAAUGUUUUUUUUUUUAUAUAUAUUUAUAUAUAUAUACAGUAUGUGUAGGAAGUGCCUGGUGGUGGUGGAGGUUUUGCUUGCUGUAUUGCCGAUGUUGUUUGAAAUGUUCUUUCACACUAGUAGUCAUGAUAUAUUGCCUGAAGAGGAUGCAUCCAAUGGUACUGAAUAUACCAAAAAAAAAAAAAAAAUCUGGGUUCAUUUUUAAACCUUUUAUUCAGAAAAAAAUAUUGGUCUCACUAUGUUUGAUCGUGGCUAUAUACUCUGGUCCCUCUGUUCCCACCUUAAUGCAGGUCCAUUUCCACCGCAACACACACUGAUACAUUGUAUUGAAAGAGGAGUCAUGCAGCUACAGCAGUGAAUUUUGCUAUGCCAGCUUCCAAGUGAUCCCACAAUAUUAAAGCUUCACUGAGUAAAACAAACUGCCCUCCAUAUAUCUAUUUAAGAAUACAUAUUGCAUAGGAUUAUAGCCAUGCUAUACAGUUAAAGAGAAAAAAUAGAAAAUAAAAAUCAAUUAAUGAAAUUGGGAAAUAUAAAAAAAAUAGUUCUUUCACAGAUUUCCUAUCAUUUGAACACUCAUACUGCAACAUAUACGAGACACCUAAGUUACUCUCAAAAGAAAAUAAAAAUAAUACACAUAUUUUUGUUUUGAUAGUUAAACACACAGUAGUCAUUUUCUGUAAUCACUCUCAAUUAAAUGUAAAUACUGCCAGUCAUUGAAGCCCUUGCUUCACAAUAAAAGUUCUGUUAAAAGUGGACUUCUUGUCACAAAAUCAAACAUAGUUAAAUUACAAUGAUAUGCUGUACAAAUUUUCAAGAAGAAAACUAUAUAUACGUAUAUAUAUAUAAUAUAUAACCAGUCAAAAGUUUGGACACACUUUCCCAUUCACUUGAAUGAGAAAGUGUGUCCAAACUUUUGACUGGUGCUGUAUAUAUAUAUAUAUAUAUGAUAAGGAUGACUCCAUAAAAAAGGUAAUUUUGGAUGCAAAAAAAGCCACACGAGGGAUAACAACAGAAGAUGUCUAUUCUGAGUAUCCUAUUGCGUAAUUAUCUUGCAUGCAUUGUACAUGAUAUGUAAUACAAAAGGGAUCACCUCAUCUGAGGACCAUGAUAAAAUGAAUAAAGGAGACAUCAACAGCACAUUAAAAAUGUGUACACCUUU